UGGAUCAGUGCGCAUGCGCCAAGACCUAGCCACAUGCGGCUCAAUCACGACGUUUAUCUGUGGACUGCUAUGCAUCAGACGGCUGUUUCCCUGGUAAAGGCGUGCAAAAGCUGUCAGAGAUUCAGUGUAUGCUGGCUGUUUGUCCCGUUACAUUCGGAUGGACGACAUCUUGAUCGCGCCCAAAAUGGGUUAGAAGAUGAACCCAUGGAUUAUCCACUUACUACACUUCGGAAGGAUGGGACAUCGGACUGUUUUCACAUAAAUACCUUGACAAAGACGAGGACUGAAAGAAAACAGCGGAAUUGAAUUCGUCCGGUGUUCUGCCCGUUUUUAACCUUUUUGUUUUGUGUUCUUGCGGGAGAAAUGAUUGCAGAAUUGGUGUGCGGCGUUGUGGCUGUGCUCCUCUAUGUCAACACUCUGGGUGCCGAUUUCUGCUACGAUGACAGCCGCGCGAUCAAGACCAACCAGGACCUGCUGCCCGAGACCCCCUGGGCCAACAUAUUCUACGACGACUUCUGGGGCACGCUCCUCACGCACAGCGGCAGCCACAAGUCCUACCGCCCGCUGUGCACCCUGUCCUUCCGUCUCAACCACGCCCUGGGCGGGCUGGACCCGCGGGGCUACCACCUGGUCAACGUGGCCUUCCACGGGGCCGUGACGGGCCUCUUCACCCUGCUGGCCCGCCUGCUGCUGGGCCGGGGACCCUGGAGCCUGCUGGCCGGGCUGCUGUUCGCCUCGCACCCCGUCCACACCGAGGCGGUGGCCGGCGUGGUGGGCCGCGCCGACAUGGGGGCCGCGCUCUUCUUUCUGCUCUCUCUGCUGUGUUACGUGCGCCACUGCGGGCUCAGGGGCCGCGAGGGGCCCCGGGGCCCCGGCGUCUGGCUCCUGGGGAGCCUGGGCCUGGCGGCCUGCAGCAUGCUGUGGAAGGAGCAGGGGGUGACGGUGCUGGCGGUGUCGGCGCUCUACGAGCUGUGCGUCUUCCACCGGCUGACUCUGCGCCAGGUGGUCACGCUGCUCUACAAGAGGAAGAACAUCCACCUGCUGCUGAACGUGCUCCUGCUGGCCGCCUGGGGGGCCGUGCUGCUGGUCUGCCGGCUCUACUGGAUGGGCAACAAACCCCCCAACUUCUCCAACUCUGACAACCCGGCGGCGGACUCCCCCUCGCUCCUCACCAGGACCCUCACCUUCUUCUACCUUCCUUCUGUCAACGUUUGGCUCCUCCUCUGCCCGGACACCCUCAGCUUCGAUUGGUCCAUGGACGCCCUGCCUUUGAUCAGAAGCGUAGCCGAUUGGAGGAACCUUCAGACGCUGGCCUUCUAUUCGGGAUUGCUCGCGCUGGCCUGGUUCGGCCUGCGCACGCGACCCCAGAAGGCCAAGGGCAAGGAAACCAACGGCAAAGCGCACUGUACUUCCAACGGCCGCAAUGGACACAGCAAUAGCAACGGACACGGCUACCACUGCGUUGACCAGGAGCAGGCCAAUCACCAGCACCCAGAGGCGCCCCACGCGAGCAGCGCCCAGAACGGCACCCAGACGCCUCACCACGCCGGCACCCUGCUCCCCACUACUGAAAACGUUGUGGUGCUCUCGCUGGGCCUGAUGGCUGUCCCCUUCCUGCCCGCCACCAACCUCUUCUUCUACGUGGGCUUUGUGGUGGCGGAGAGAGUGCUGUACAUCCCCAGCAUGGGCUUCUGCCUGCUGGUGGCGGUGGGGAUGAGGUCCCUGUACGUGCGUGUGCCUCGGCGGGGCUACAGGACAGUGUUGCUGGGCUGCAGCGCGGCCCUCGUCCUGAUGUUUGGGGUCAGAACCAUGUUGAGGAACCGGGACUGGCGCAACGAAGAGAUGCUCUACAAGUCAGGGAUUUACGUCAAUCCUGCUAAAGCAUGGGGGAACCUGGGCAACGUGCUGAAGAACCAGGGCAAGAUGGAGGAGGCCGAGCAGGCCUACCGCAACGCCCUCUAUUACCGGAGGAACAUGGCCGACAUGCUGUACAACCUCGGUCUGCUGCUGCAGGAGAACGGCAAGCCCUCGGAGGCGCUGCACUACUAUAAGCUGGCCAUCGGGAGCCGGCCAACUCUGGCUUCGGCCUACUUGAACACGGGCAUCGUCCAGAUGAACCAGGGCCGGCUGGACGAGGCCAAGCGCACCUUCCUGACCUGCGCCGACAUCCCCGACGAGAACCUCAAAGACCCCCACGCGCACAAGAGCUCCGUCACCAGCUGCCUGUACAACCUGGGCAAGCUGCUGCACGAGACGGGACACCAGGAGGAGGCCCUCUCUGUGUACAAGGAAGCAGUGCAGAAGAUGCCGAGACAAUUUGCACCUCAGAGCCUGUACAACAUGAUGGGAGAGGCCUACAUGAGGCUGAACAAGCUGGAGGAGGCGGGGCACUGGUACCGGGAGUCCCUUAGAGCCAAGCCCGAUCACAUUCCCGCCCACCUGACCUACGGGAAACUCCUGGCUCUGAAGGGACAAAAAGCAGAAGCAGAGAAGUAUUUUCUGAAGGCCAUUCAGCUCGAUCCAACAAAGGGCAAUUGUUACAUGCAUUAUGGUCAGUUUCUGUUGGAGGAGUCGCGUCCGUUGGAGGCUGCAGACAUGGCGGAGAGGGCGGCCCAGCUGGACAGCGGCGAGUUUGACGUGGUGUUCAGCGCAGCCCACAUGUUCCGGCAGGCCAGUCUGAACCAAGCGGCCGAGAAGUACUACGGCCGGGCGGCCAACCUGAGACCCAACAAGGGCCUUUCUGCUGGACACCACUACUACAGGCUGAACAACCCCCCUGUUACCAGAAGGGCCUUUCUGCUGGACACCUCUACUACAGGCUAAACAACCUCCCUGUUACCAGAAGGGCCUUUCUGAUGGCUACUGCCACAAGCUAACUAACCACCCUGGUACCACAAGGGCUUUUCUGAUGGACAGCGCCACACAGGCUACAACCGCCUGGGUGGUGCUCCCCUGUCAAAUUAUUCCUAGUUUAUUAUUAUUACACACACACACACACACACACACACACACACACACACACACACACACACACACACACACACACACAGCAUUGUUUGGGGGCAGCGGGCCCGGGCCAGAAUCAUGCGGGCCGAUGUUUUCAUGACCCCCGUCGGUUUGUUUGUGCAGCGUCCAUCUGCAGCUUCAAAGGAGAGGCCAGGGCCAGGCGGAGAAGGGGGUGGUUUGAACUAAUGAUGAUAGCGCCAUGUCAGGUUGACCAGAGUGAGAAGGAUCGGGCUACUUCUUGUCUGUGAUGCUUACUUGAAGGGGGAGUUAACUUUGAGAUUUAGGCAGAUGGAUUAUAUGUUGGCAGAUGUUUGCCGGCUUGUUAUUUGGGCUUGAUUUAGAAGACGUCCCGUCACGAUGUCAUGUUUGAGGUCUACCCUGUAUGGUUAGUUUGAGAGGCGGCUACAUGGCGAGACCCUGCAGACGUAUGAUGGAACUUAGUUGAAGGAGAAUACAAUGCAUUAUGUUUCCAGAGGCUCAAUCACAAUAAUUUGAUCACUGCGUAGAUCAUGUAGAUACUGCAUGUGAUUCUGUUUCAGUGCUGUACUCUUUGUGUUGUUAUAAAUUUAAGUUAAUUUGAGAUUUGAAAGAAUGAAAUCACCCCUCUUCUCUUGGAACUCAAUUAAAUGGAUAGAGGAAUAUAAAGCCUUUAGUAAUGCAAGUGGGAGUUUAGUGAGUUGUGUGCACGGUAGCAUCAUCAUUUCCAUGGCCCUGGUGUACGCCUCUUCCAGCAUCAACUCAAAAUUAGUUCCCCCCCCUUGUUCCCUGUUUCAGAUGAAUUUUACAGAAGGAUCCAACUGAUGCAUUCAGCUUAAUUUUCUGGAACAACUUGUGAUAUUUGUAUUGGAAGUAUUGUUUAAAAAUCCACUGGACUCUGCAUUGAUCUGCAAAAUCCCAUGGAUUUGAGUUUUCUUAGAAAGGACCUCCUCCCACUGCACAUGACAAUUAGUCUGACGUUUGGACCUGUAUAAGGAAUGUUAAUGAAGGAUAUAUAUAAUGCACUACAAACACUGUCACUCAGUAAGCCUGCACUGUUAUUUCGGACGACUCCCUUGCUAUCCUUAUUGCUUACAGCUGAGGCGAGUGGUGAGUGAGGAUGAGCAUCAAUCUAAAUAUGCCAUGACUCUGUUCUCCGACUUGACAAGCUGAAGGCUCUUUCAUCAUUAACCACUUCGUGCUUUGUUGCAACUUGACUCUCCACUCUCUGAUUUGAAGUUAAAAAGGCUCAUGUCCUCAUUUUGAUUAGAAGGAAACAACUCAGUCGGGAAUCUUGAUUUAGAGUUCAUACUUACCUCACAUUGUCAGAACUCUUUACAUGAAGACCGCAGGCUGCUGAAAAUCAACCUGUGUUAGAUUUCCCAGUUGUCUUGCCACAAGGGAUACGAUGCCAAGUAAUUGUCUGUCUCCACUCAUAUGAAUGUUGGAGGUUCUUUCGUUUCAAUGAAAGCCCCCAAAUAAGCUCCACUAAAUAUGUCCAACCAAAGCCAUUAUGAACUGCAGUCCAUUUGUAGCAUCCAGCCCCAUGAUAUUUAUCAUUUAGUGUUGGUGGGUUUGUUACGUUUUCUUCUGUGUAACGCUUCACAAAUCACAAUCAUGCUGUCAGGGGGAUUCCUUGUGCCCCGUUCUGUGUAAUGAACCCCCUUUCAUUAAUUUCAUGUUGUACCUAACAGAAUGUUGUUGCAGUUAACAUUUGUCUUUUUUUUUUCUCAAUUAUAGAGAAUCUUAACUUGGUUCAUUAGAUCUAAAAAGUUGUACAAUUGUGUUUCGGAAAUGUCAAACCUGUCUGGUAGAGAUGCUGAGCACAUUAAGGAGGUAUUGGCCAUUCUUAUCUGUAUUUUGCAGAUUGAUUCUCCACAUUUGUAUCCAUGUUGAGAGACAAUGAGGGACCCCUCUUGGGGACAUGGUGAUUAUUCCACUCACUGUUUGAUUUAUGGAUCGAUGUAGUCCAGCCUUUGAGAGAAGGGAGGAUAUAUUUGAACAUAAUGUUCCCAUUGAAAUCCUCAUUGCCAUCACUCAUGUACCCUCGACACUGGGGAAAACUAAAGAUGACGAGUGGCCUGGCUGAGAAAGUGAAGAACCGCUGUAGGGCGAAGGUCAAAAUGUAUGAAGAUUAAGCAGGGUCUUGAAACUGAUUUCAUUUGGUGUGUUUUUCGACCUUUGGAAACUUAAACCGACCUCAGAAUCUCUCCUGUAUUUAAGUUUUUCUUAAUGUUUGGUUAAAAAUAGUUUUAAAAAUAGGUUUAACAGAUGAAUGAUUGUGCUUUGUCGCCUCCCCAUAAUUGGGAAACACGAUGGUGUUUGUUGCAUUAAGUCUCAUCUACAUUGCAGCACUUUUUUUCUUCAGAUAGUUCUUAUAAACAUACUUUGGAAGCUCUUGUAUUUAUAUAUGUAUUAUACAUGUAUUUAUAAAAUAAAAUAAAUCCCCUCUGUUUGCUCUCGGGGAGACAUUAAUGCUUUUGAUUACAUCGAGAAACAAAUGAAGGCUUGCAGUGUUUCCUAAUUGUACGGACACUUUAAUCAUGGCCAUGGCACGUGACAGUGAUAAACGAGGAGAUAAUUGUGAACAGAAAGUCACCGAGGCUGUCCAAAAUGGACAUCAUUAACCAUUUAUUGAGAUGAAUUACGUCUACCGCCUCUCUCGGCAUAUAGAACAAGAUUACACAUCCAAUAACAAAGAAGGGAGGUCUGCUCAGUAAUAGCGGGCUAAUGAGGCAGAGUUAGCCAUCCUUCUCCCCUCUCUCUGCUCCUCAAAUGGAGAUCAGAUGCGGGCUUUUGUCCUGCCGUCUGACUGCGUGGCGGCGGACGCGAGCGUGUCCCGGUGGGUCUCCGGCGUGGACCACUCACCUCUGGACGUUGUGUUUGCGUAAUAGCGCCAGCAGGAAAAGCCAUUCAUCUGCACCACUUCAAAGGGGGGGGGGGGGGGGCUGCGGUGGCUGCCCUGACAGCGGUGGGUGCAGGCAGGACGUGGAGCAGCGCAGCCCCCCCCCCCCCCCCCCCCCUGACCUCAGACCUCUGUACCCGCACGGCCAGCGAUCCAACCAGCAGAGCCCGACUCUCACGGUCACAGCCUGCUGUCUCGCUCCAGUGAAUCAGGAAAUGCUUCCAUAAAGCGAUUACUUUUGUACGAUAUAGAGCAGUAAAAAGCACUUCGUUGUAUCAGUUAUUAUAUUAGGUUUAACAUUUUGACUGCCUCAGUCAUGUGGUCAUAGUCCCAAUGUAAUGAAACCGGGACCUCCGGCUAGAAGGUCCCGGUCCACAAAGUGAUGUACCAAGCUUUCUAGCUUGCACAACUACAUCAAGCGUCAUCCUUUCCCAACUACAAUUUUACUAUAUUUAAUGACCAUUUAGUGCCAGCUCUCUGGCAUCUUGCUAAGUGAUAUGCAAUCGUUGUGGUAAAUCCCUGAAUGAAUACUGAAUGGUGAUUAUGUUGAUAGUCUUAAUAGAGCCAUCCACACAUGCAGGCUCUUUCAACAUUAUUCAUCUCAUCAAACAUCGCUCAAGGCAUUUCAGCCUCCGGCUUUUUCCACAUGAAUUUCUCAUUAAAUUUCUCUUUCAUAUAUAUUUUUGGAUGUUUUCUUUUUUAAAGCAGGGCAACAUCCCUGUGGAAGUUCAUUUGCAAUUUAGAUCAGAUAAAAUCAUUUAUCAAACUAAAUGUUUGUUAAAGAGUAAAUAACUGCUAAGGAGAUAAAACGGAGUUAAAAAUCAAACAAAAAUCCCAGGGCUGUGUUGCAACACUGUCGAAAAACCCGUCCUCACUCAAAUAAGGGUGAGCAGUUGAUAGGGAAAAAAAGACCGGCAAAAAUACCACUAACCAAGUUUAGCCGGAAGCUAGUUCAGUCUUUGAACAGCCUUCCCCCCGCUUCUAUUCCCCCAAACUCUCCUCAUUGUAGUACAACAUAACGGAGAUGUUCCCGGCGGCGGCGGCGAGGUGUUUAUCCCCGUGUGUGUUUGUG